AUAACCAGGUAUUUGAAGAGAAACUUAUCAAAAUGGACAUUUUGGUAAGAUUCGUCUGUCUCUUCUGCAUCUGCCAAAUAAAUUUCUGUAUGGCUGAGGAAUGCGCAUGCGCAACAGGAAAUGUUCACAUCAGAUCCGGUGCUGGCGUAAGCCACGCUAUUCUCGGAACUCUUACUACAGAUUCUUGCCUUGGGUUCAAAGGUCAUCUUACUACUGUCAGCGGUACACACUGGGCUAAUGUUGAUUAUCACGGCCAGGAUGGAUGGAUAUCAGCCACAUAUUUGACGUUCAAAACCUGUUCAUUGUCACCCGCGCAUACUCCAAUUUCCGGAACUUCCGGUUGUCCUGCGAUUGUCAGCCGAAGUGAGUGGCAUGCCCGUCCACCUAAGCAUCCGAUUGGUCCACUUCCAGCGGUGCCAGGACAUGUUUAUAUCCACCAUGGCGCCACGCAUGGAUGCCACACGAAGGCGGAGUGUAUACGUCUAGUGCAGUCGUACCAAAAUUACCACAUGGAUACACAUGGUUGGCCGGAUAUAGGAUACAGUUUUAUUGUGGGGGAGGACGGAAACAUUUACGAGGGACGAGGUUGGAAUGAGAUUGGAGCACACACGUACGGCCAUAAUUAUGACGGCCUAGGAUUCUGUGUGAUGGGAGAUUUUACUUCACACGUACCGAAUGACCUGGCCCUAAACGCUCUCAAGAGCCUGAUAGCUUGCGGAGUAAAUUCGGGAAGAAUCACCCAGGAUUAUAUUCUUAAGGGUCACCGAGAUGUGGGACAGACCAGCUGUCCGGGGGAUAAAUUUUAUGCCCUGAUUCAACACUGGCCGCAUUACCACCAUUAACACAAGGCAUGAACAGUGAGAAUCUGUUUAUUCCGACACCUAUGCAAUUCGACACACUGUGAAUUCCGACAUUAAAUUUCUUUCCCACUUCGCUAUUUUACCGUUAUUUUAACACUGUGCAAUAUUCAACAAUCUGUCUAUUUCGACACAA